UUGAUGAUUUAACUAUAGUUGAAAGGUUACGAAAAAUAACAUAUCUCAGAUAUACUCCAAUUGUAUUAUUAGCACCUACAAUACCAGAACUAAAUAUGAAGAGUUGUAUAGAUUUUGGCAUUACUUCAUAUAGUAGUACACCAUCAACUUUACCCAAUUUGAUGAAUGCUUUAUUGCCUUCACUUGAAUAUAACUCUUUAAUACCAAUUGAUUGUACAAGACAACAGUCUUUGAAUAUUUUAGUGGCUGAUGAUAAUAUAGUAAAUCAAAAAUUAGCAGUAAAAAUUAUAGAGAAAAUUGGUCAUAAAACAGAAGUAGUUGCUAAUGGGCAAUUGGCUGUUGAGGCCUUUAAAUCUAAAAGAUAUGAUUUGAUCUUAAUGGAUGUUCAGAUGCCUAUAAUGGGUGGUUUUGAAGCAACACAAAAGAUUCGUGAUUAUGAAUCUCAACAUGGUGGUCAUGUUCCAAUAAUUGCAUUAAUAGCUCAUGCAAUGAUAGGAGAUCAAGAAAAAUGCCAUUAUUCAGGAAUGGAUGAAUAUUUGACUAAACCAUUAAGGAUGACUGAUCUCAUUGCAAAAAUAAAUAAGUUUUCUCCU